UGUGUUUCAUAUUAUUUUUUGUGAAAAAUAGAGUAUAUUUCCAUAGGCCACAGCUCUACGAUUUAUAACUGAACCCCCGAACCGGAUUUCAGCCAUACGCCCACGCAAUUCUCCAUUUCUCAGGUCUUAGGGUAAAGUAGCAUCAGUCGCAGAAAUUAGUUCAUUCCUGCUGAAAUAUCUUGUGAUAGAUAUUUGAGAUGGCGACUUUUGCCAGACCUGAGAAUGCUUUGAAGAGAGCUGAAGAGUUGAUUAAUGUUGGACAAAAGCAAGAGGCCCUUGAAGCUCUUCAUAGUUUUAUUACCUCAAGGAGGUACAGAGCAUGGACAAAGACGCACGAGAAGAUACUGUUCAAGUAUGUGGACCUAUGUGUUGACUUGAGAAGGGGAAGGCAUGCUAAGGAUGGUCUUAUUCAGUAUCGUAGUAUCUGCCAACAAGUUAACAUCAAUUCCCUGGAGGAGGUGAUAAAACAUUUCAUGCAGUUGGCCACUGAAAGAGCUGAGCUUGCACGUAGUCAGGCACAGGCCUUAGAAGAAGCUCUGGAUGUGGAUGACUUAGAAGCUGAUAAGAGACCUGAAGAUCUUAUGUUGAGUUAUGUUAGUGGGGAGAAAGGAAAAGACAGAUCUGACCGCGAGCUCGUCACGCCAUGGUUUAAGUUUUUGUGGGAGACAUACCGAAGCGUACUGGAAAUUUUGCGCAACAACUCAAGACUAGAGGCUCUGUAUGCUAUGACUGCACACCGUGCCUUCCAGUUCUGUAAGCAAUACAAACGAACUACAGAAUUUCGGCGCUUGUGUGAAAUCAUCAGGAAUCAUCUUGCAAAUCUUAACAAGUACAGAGAUCAGAGAGAUAGGCCUGAUCUUGCUGCUCCAGAAAGCCUGCAGUUAUAUCUGGAUACCAGAUUUGAGCAACUGAAAAUUGCUACUGAACUUGAACUUUGGCAGGAAGCGUUUCGUUCUAUUGAAGAUAUACAUGGAUUGAUGUGCAUGGUUAAGAAAACACCCAAACCUUCCUUGAUGGUGGUUUAUUAUGCCAAGCAAUCAGAAAUAUUCUGGAUAUCUUCAAACCAUAUUUAUCAUGCUUAUUGCUGGCUUAAGCUUUUCUCACUUCAGAAAAGCUUCAAUAAGAACUUAAGCCAGAAGGAUUUGCAGCUGAUAGCAUCAUCGGUUGUUUUAGCUGCUCUUUCAGUGCCUCCUUUUGAUCAAUCAUAUGGCGCGUCCCAUAUGGAGCUUGAAAAUGAAAAAGAGCGGCGUUUGAGGGUAGCCAGCCUUAUUGCAUUUGAUGUUGAACCCAAACCUGAGAACAGAGAAGUGCUUUCAAGGGCAUCACUUUUCUCAGAAUUGGCAUCCAAAGGUGUAAUGACGUGUGUUACUCAGGAAGUGAAAGAUCUAUAUAACAUUCUGGAACAUGAGUUUCUCCCUUUAGACCUGGCUAUUAAAGCACAGCCCUUGUUAACAAAAAUAUCAAAGCUAGGGGGUAAGCUUUCGUCUGCUUCUUCUGUUCCAGAAGUGCGAUUGUCUUCUUCUGUUCCAGAAGUGCGAUUGUCUCAAUAUGUUCCUGCUCUGGAAAAGCUUGCUAAUUUGAGGCUGCUGCAGCAGGUUUCACAGGUGUACCAGACUAUGAAUAUUGAUAACUUAUCUAGGAUAAUCCCUUUCUUUGAUUUUUCUAUUGUGGAGAAGAUAUCUGUGGAUGCUGUUAAGCAUAAUUUUUUAACCAUGAAAAUGAACUAUAUGAAAGGCUCCAUCAUCUUUGGUAACAAGAAUGUUGAAUCAGAGGGUCUACGAGAUCACCUGGCCACUUUUGCAGAGUCCGUUAGUAGGGCAAGGAUCAUGAUCUACCCUCCUGUAAAAAGUACUUCAAAAUUAGGGGAAACACUUUCAGAUCUUGUGGAGGUUGUGGAAAAAGAACACAAGAGACUUCUUGCACGGAAGUCCAUUAUAGAAAAACGCAAAGAAGAGCAGGAACGCCAACAUUUUGAGAUGGAACGAGAGGAGGAGGCAAAGAGGCAAAAACUACAGAAGAUUACUGAAGAGGCAGAACAGAGAAGGCUUGCCUCUGAGUUCGAACAAAUGAAGAAUCAAAGAAUUCUAAGAGAAAUAGAGGAGCGUGAACUGGAAGAAGCCCAAGCAUUGUUGCUAGAAGCUGAAAAACGUCGCACGAAGAGAGGGAAGAAACCAGUUCUAGAAGGAGAAAAAAUAACUAAGCAGCAUUUAAUGGAACUAGCCCUGACCGAGCAACUAAGGGAGAGGCAAGAAAUGGAGAAAAAAAUACAGAAGCUUGCCAAAACAUUGGAUUAUUUUGAGAGGGCAAAAAGAGAUGAGGCAGCGCCACUUAUUGAAGCAGCAUAUCAACUCCGUUUGGCAGAGGAGGAAGCUCUUCAUGAACGUGAGCAAAAGCUAGAGAUUGAGCUAAGCAGACAACGACAUGCUGGGGACCUGGAGGAGAAAAGGAGGCUAUCCCGAAUGUUGGAGAACAAGAGAUUAUUCCAAGCAAGUGUUGUUAGUCGUAGGGAAACUGAAUUCAACAGAAUUCAGUCGGAGAGAGAAGAGAGAAUCAACCAAAUCAUCCAGUCAAGAAAGCAGGAGAGGGAGGCUAAGAGGAAAAUGAUAUAUUAUCUGAGGUCCGAGGAGGAAAGACAAAAAAGACUGCUUGAAGAGGAGGAAGCGCGGAAGCGUGAAGAGAUGGAAAGAAAGAAAAAAGAGGAAGCUGAACGAAAAGCCAAAUUGGACGAGAUUGCUGAAAAGCAAAGGCAAAGAGAGCGGGAACUGGAGGAAAAAGAAAGACAGCGUAGAGAGGAACUCUUGGGGAGAUCAAAUGCUGUGCCUGCAAGGCACACUGUGCCUUCUACUAUGGCACAUCCAGCAGAGGCAGCACCUGUGGCGCCAGCUUCUGCUGCGGCAUCACCAGCGAAGUACGUGCCCAGGUUCAAAAGGACGUCUGCUGAGGCUGGGGUCCCGGCUCCACCUCCUGAAACUGAUAAAUGGACCAGCGGCCGCAGUUCAGACGAUCAAACAUCUCAACAAAAUGACAGGUGGAGGGAUGAUCGUAGAUCUGCCUUUGGUGGUGGUGGUGGUGGUGGCCCGAGGUCCACUUGGUCAUCUAGAAAUCGUGGGUGAAUGAGUUUGUGAUUUAGGGCUCUUAUACAAUUAAUAUUUUUCAGCAUUCGAGUGCUGUUUGAUGUUCUGGGUUGCGUCAUCCUACUUCCUGUCUUGUGUGUUGGGUUAUUUCCUAAAUUUUGAAUUUUGGGUUAGUGCUUGAAAUUUUGCUAAGGCCUUUUCGCCUUCUGGAUACUCAGAUGUCUGAGAAACAAGUGUCAUUUUGGUUAUUUCCGUAUGGCCGGGUGUUCUGAGAAAACUAGGAUUUUUCCUUGUAUCUAUUUGGUUUACAAUUUCGACUAGUUCCAUAAUUAAGUUACUAA